AUGACGAUGCUAGAAGCUGAGAUAUGGACCUGGUAUGGUCUAUCGUGGGUUAUUGUUAUCGCCAGAAUGAUAUCAAGAAGGAUGUUGCUGGGUUCAAUCAAGAAGCUACAAGUCGAGGACUUCUUAAUGAUAAUAGCCAUGUUUACCGAUACAAUCCUUAUGGUGGGAAUGUCCAUCAUUUCGCAAACGAGCAGUAACCUCAUCGACCCCAACGAAAAUGUCGUCUUGGACGCAGCAGAAAUCGCGACAAGAGAAUACGGUUCCAAAUGGGUUUUGGUGGUUGAGCAGAUGCAGAUCUUGACAAUCUGGCUUAUGAAGUAUUGUCUGUUGCUCAUGUACAACCGUCUCACUAUGAGCCUGAGCCAGAACUUGGCUGUCAAGUUUGUCGCUGCAUAUGUCACUGCCGGUUUUGUCGUUAUGGAGAUUCUAUAUCUCGGGGUCUGGUGUCGCCCAUUCACCCAGUACUGGGCUGUUCCCCCAGAGAACACCCAAUGUUCCGCUGCGACAAACCAUCUUAUCACCAAUGCCGUCAUCAACAUCACCUCCGACGUCAUGAUCAUUCUCAUUCCCAUGCCAAUCUUCCUCAAAUCCCAGCUCCCAUUGAAGCGCAAGGCUGUCCUCAUCGGCGUCUUCGCCCUCGGCGCCUUCACAAUCCUCUCCGCCAUCCUCAACAAAUUCUAUUCUUUUAACGAACCAUUCGGCUCAAACUGGACAUUCUGGUACAUCCGCGAAUCCUCCACUGCCAUCAUCACCGCCAACCUUCCUUACAUCUGGACUCUCCUUCGCCGCAUCUUCAAGCUCGGUUCCUUCAGCGGCUCAACCUACGGAAAGAGCACCAACAACCCUUCAAAAGCGUACCGGUCAAACUUUACCAACCACCGCUCCGGUGUGCGCUCGCAGAUCCGCGCCGAUCACGCUCUGCAUCAAGUGGAUAGCGAGGAGGAGAUCAACAACAGCUAUGCUUUACCGCUAAAGAUCUACGCCAAGCGCGAGGUUCAGAUUACCAGUGAAGAUGCAGGCCCCGAGGAUCGAAGAGGUCCAGUGGGCUGUAUUCCUGAUGAACUGAUGAGCCAUAGCAAAGACAGCGUGCGGACAGACGACAUGGAAACGUCUUCUGAAAGAUCCGCAGCUGGUGUUGUCAAGGUAUAUCACGGAGUAUAG